CAGAAUUUUCCUCUUUGAAAAACCAGGGAGGGUGUUGGGCUCAGUUUUGAUAUUUAUUUUUUGCAUGGCAGUGAGUGCAUCCUCAAUACUGAAGUGUCUUCUUCAAAACAUAAACAAUAAACCCCAAAAGCAACCCCAAGGCAUCGAAUCCAUAAUAAAAUCAAUCCUCAACCACCUUAAGGCAGGUCGUUUUCAACAAGCCGUUUCAGUUCUCUUUGCUUCCCCGGAACCCUUACCUCACUCUCUUUACGCAGAUCUUUUUGCCCUCUGUUCUGACAAAAAAGCUAUCGUUGAAGCCCGGAAACUUGAAUCCCACCUAGUCACGUUCUGCCCAUUUCCCCCAGUGUUCCUCUUGAACCGUUGCAUCGAAGCGUAUGGAAAAUGCGGGUGUUUGGAUGACGCAAGGGGACUGUUUGAUGAAAUGCCUCAACGGGACGGGGGUUCAUGGAAUUCGAUGAUAACGGCCUAUGCACGAAAUGGGUUUGGAGAAAAGGCUUUGUUCUUGUUUUCGAAGAUGAACAAGGAAGGACUUGUGCCGAAUGAGAUUUCGUUCGCUAGUGUUUUGGGCUCUUGUGGUGUUGUUUUAGAGCUUAGCCUUUCAAGGCAAGUUCAUGCGAUGAUUGUGAAGUAUGGUCAUUAUAAAAAUGUGAUAUUGGGAAGUUCACUUGUUGAUGUUUACGGAAAAUGUGGGUUUAUAAGUGAUGCAAGGCGGAUGUUUGACGAGAUAGAGAAUCCAACUAUUAUUUCCUGGAAUGUGAUUGUUCGGCAGUAUAUUGAGGUAGGGGAUGGAGAGGAGGCAAUAUUAAUGUUUUUUAAGAUGCUUCGAGAUGAUGUUAGACCUUUGAAUUUUACAUUCUCUAAUGCUCUUGUUGCUUGUUCAAGCAUGUCAGCACUUAAGGAAGGGUUGCAAAUUCAUGGAGUUGUGGUUAAGACUAACUUUGAGAAGGAUAAAGUGGUCUCUAAUUCACUCAUUAAUAUGUAUGUAAAAUGUGGGCAGCUACAGAUUGCUCGUAUUAUAUUUGAUCAACUUGGUUCCAAGGACUUGAUUUCAUGGACUGCAAUCAUGUCAGGUUAUGCCAUGAGUGGGAGAACUAGAGAGGCAAGGGAACUCUUUAAUAUGAUGCCAGAACGGAAUGUAAUCUCAUGGAAUGCAAUGCUAGCAGGGUAUACUCGUUUGUCUCAGUGGGAAGAUGCCUUAGAAUUUAUUUUUCUUAUGCGGAGAAUGACUAAAGAUAUUGACCAUGUGACGCUUGUUCUAAUUUUAAAUGUCUGUGCUGGCCUGUCAGACGUUGAAAUGGGGAAAAAGGUUCAUGGAUUUAUCUACCGACAUGGGUUCUUUUCCAAUAUAUUUGUAAGUAAUGCACUUCUUGACAUGUACGGAAAAUGUGGAACCUUGAACAGUGCAAGAGUUUGGUUUUACCAAAUGAGUCAGGGAAGGGAUACUGUUUCUUGGAAUGCUUUACUGACUAGCUAUGCGCAGCAUCAGCGGGGUGAGCAGGCUAUUACAUUAUUUAGUGAGAUUCAAUGGGAGUCCAGACCCAGCAUAAAUAUCUUUGGAACCCUUCUUACAGUUUGUGGAAAUAUAUUUGCACUUAAUCAUGGCAAACAAAUCCAUGGAUUCAUGGUUAGAAAUUGUUAUGAGCUGAAUAUGGCAGUAAGAGGAGCUUUGGUUAGCAUGUAUUCUAAAUGUCGUUGCAUUUUAUAUGCUUUCAUGAUUUUCAAAGAGGCAGAUUCACGUGAUGUUGCUCUUUGGAACAUCAUGACUUUUGGAUUUUGUCACAACGGAAGGGGUAGAGAAGUACUUGAAUUUAUUGGCAUGAUGGAGGAGGAAGGAGUCAAACCAGACCACGUUACCUUUCAUGGUAUAUUGCUUGCAUGCAUAUGUGAGCAUGAAGCAGAGUUGGGUCAGCUGUAUUUUAAUUCAAUGAGCAAUGACUAUUGCAUUAUACCCCGGAUGGAACACUAUGAGUGUAUGAUUGAACUUUAUAGCAGGUGUGGGUGCAUGGAGGAGCUCGAGAAAUUUAUUAAGAGUAUGUCAUUUGAGCCAACUGUUGCCAUGCUGACUAGAGUCUUUGCUGCAUGCAAAAAGCAUGGUGCUGUGAGGUUUGGGGAAUGGACUGCUGAACAACUUAACCAAUUGAAUCCUCAUACUACACUUAAGAUAUGAAAUUAAAGACAUAAGGGAAAUAGGUAGGUAGGCAGUUAUUGACAGUGGUGAUAUGUUCUCCCGAAAUGCCUUCAUGCAAGAAUGCCGUUGAUUAUAGUGUACCAUGUUUGAGAACUGAACUAAGUGCGUUGAUUAUAAUGUACCAUGUUUGAGAACUGAACUAAGUGAAGUGGCAAACUUGAUAGCACUUAGUCAUGUGAUAAUGGCUGCAAGGCAGCAUAUCAGACUGUAGGAGCAGACUGCAUAAUGCCAUCAUUUGGAAUACUUGGAAGGAGAUAUAAGCAAACAUUGUGCUAUUUCAAUUGGCUCUGGCACUAUUGAGGAAGAAAACACAGGAGAAUCGAGAAUUAUAAAGUAGAAAGACGGACGGAGGGAGAGAAGAAGACCCGAACGUGUAGUUCAUAUCUUUUUUGGAGGCUGAGCUGAUAGUAAGUGCACGUGCUGAUUAACAAGGGAAUCUCUAAGAGCGCUACUCAUACUCCUGGGAAGGAACGACCAAACUAAUUGCAGAAUGAUAUAAAAAGGGGCCAUAACUUGGAGAAGAUUUCACCAGUUAACUUAUCAUGUAAGCAUUUGCAUCUCAACAUGAUAAUCCUAAAAUUCUUGCUAGAUUCAUUCAUUCAUUAGAUGUGGUAAUGUGGAGACCUGCACUCCAAACUUUUGAAGUCAAGUAUCAAAAGCAUUAGAGAACCAAUGUUUGGAUUCUCCUCUGCGUUCUUCUGUCAUUACAACUUUUCACUGUUAGGAUUUUGUUUCAAUGAAAGAGACAGACAACUGAUCAAUCAAGUCAAACAUAA